GGAUUGGGUUAGAAAAAAUUGGCAAUGCAAGAAAAAUUGGAAUUCUCAAAAAUUCCUCGAUUUAAAUCGUGCCUUUGUUGUGACUUGAAAUCUGGGAAUAUUUUUAUCUGUCGGUUAGAAUUUUUGUUGACUAUUUUGGGAAUUGUUUUUGUGUCAUUUGGUGGUGUUGGAUUCUUCUAUGCUGCAAUAAAUGACGUUCGAUUUAGUGACAAUGAGGAUGGAUUUAUUCGGACUAUUUUCUAUGAAUUUAAUGUCAUUUCUUAUGGACUAUUCAGUGUUACUCUUCUGACGCUGAUGGCUGUCUUUUCAUAUUAUUUUCUGGAUGGAGUCAAAAUGAAUGAGCCUCGGAACCUGCUGCCCUACACAUUCAAGAAUGUAUUUUUUGGUAUCAUCCUGACUGCUUACGGAUUAUGCUUUUUGAGUCCUUUAUUCUUCCUUGGUGUCUAUUUUAUUCUCUUAGCAACAUUCAAUUAUUCACUUUUUGAUGCAAUUUCACUUGAAAAUGAAGAAAAACUUUUAAAAUCAUUGACAAGUCAGCAAAGGACACAGAAUGGUAAAAUAACUCCAGCGAUUGAAAUAUCGUCAAAUGAUCAGGAAUAACCCCAAGAUUAUUCAUUUGCUGGCUGUAUUUAA